UAGCCGAGCCUGGUGAAAGACCCCAUAUAGGCCGUAGCCCAUAGCGUAGCGAGAAGGUGCGACGACAGCAGGGUAGGGGAGCUCACUGAUCUUCCCCACUGUUAAUUCCUCCGAUCCACAGAGGCUUCACUGGCAGUUGUAGAUGAUGAAGUAGUGCUAGUAGUAUAGUAUAGAAUCCCUCGCUGCCGCCGUUUGAGCUCACAAGGAGAAGAUCUGGUGUUCUGCGAAAGGGGGCAAAAAAAAGAGAAGAGAGCAAAAGAAUCGGCUCAGCAUGGCCUCCUCCUUCAACAACAGCCACUGGCCGAGCAUGUUCAGGUCCAAGCACGCCGCCGAGCCGUGGCAGACGCAGCCUGACAUCAGCAGCUCGCCGCCGUCCCUCCUCUCAGCAGCGGGCGGCUCCACCACCAUCGGCCGCUGCCUCAGGCACCCCCUCUCAGGUGGCGAGGAGCGGACCCCGGAUCCGAAGCCGCGGUGGAACCCCAGGCCGGAGCAGAUCCGGAUUCUGGAGGCCAUCUUCAACUCCGGCAUGAUCAACCCGCCGCGCGACGAGAUCCCCCGCAUCCGCAUGCGCCUGCAGGAGUACGGCCAGGUCGGCGACGCCAACGUCUUCUACUGGUUCCAGAACCGCAAGGCCCGCUCCAAGAACAAGCUGCGCACCACCACCGCGGGCGCCGGACGCCUGGGGUUAGGCCUCGCGCGCGCGCCGGGCCGCGGAGCCGCCGCUGCGGCGCCCGUCACGCCGCCGCCGCCGCCGCCGCAGCAGCAGCAGCAGUCCUUGAUCCAGAACCAAUUCCAGCUGCUCGCCUCGCCCGCGCAGGCGCCCGCUUCCUCGUCCUCGUCCUCCUCCGACCGCUCCUCCGGGUCCAGCAAGCCGGCUGCGAAGCCGGCGGCGGCGCAGGCGAUGUCGUCCGCGACGGCGGCGGCCAUGGACUUGCUAGGGCCGCUCGCCGCGGCGUGUCCCCAUCAGAUGUACUACCAAGGGCGCCACCCCGUGGCGCCGGUCUCGGCGCCAGCGCACAAGGUGCUGGACGACCUCGACCCCGUCCUCCAGCAGCUGCCGCAGGGCUACUGCUUGUCGGCUGCCGAGGUCGCCGCCAUUCUCGGCGCCGGGGGGCAGUACAUGCACGUGCCCGUGCAACAGCAGCCACCGGCGGCGUUCUCUGCGGGAGCCUUCUUGGGGCUGUGCAACGAGGUGACAGAGCCGACCGUCGUCACUGGUCACAGGACAUGCGCGGGGCUCGGGCAGUUCUGGCUCGGGGGCGGCGCUGAUCACCAUCAGCUCAUCGGCAAGAACAACACCACCGCGGCGACCAACACAGUGGUAAGGGAGGUGGCGCACGAGGACGCCACGAAGCUGGGGUUGCUGCAGUACGGCUUCGGAGCUAGCACGGCCAUGGAGGCGGCGCCUCUUGCUGCAUCGCCGGCGGGCGCCGCUGUCACCGUAGCGUGCGUGGCUGCCACUACCGCUGGGCUCACAGGUCUGCCGCCUGCAAGCACUAAUGGUGUCGUCGCCAACUAUGAUCUGCUGCAAGGACUGGCAGGAGUGCCCGGGGCCGGGGCCGUCGGUGUCGUCAGCACCGGCGCCGGUGCACCUGCCGCCGUUGCCGUUGCCGCGCCCGCGUCGGCGGCGGCGGCGCAGGAGGGCGUCGUGGCGCUGUGCAUCACGGACACCGUCACGGGCAAGAGCGUGGCGCACAACGUCGCGGCUGCGAGGCUCGACGUGAGGGCGCAUUUCGGCGAGGCGGCCGUGCUGCUCCGCGGCGUCGGCGAGCGCGGCCUCGGCCUCGAGCCCGUCCCCAUCGACGCGUCGGGCUGCACGGUGGAGCCGCUCCAGCACGGUGCCUUCUACUACGUGCUGGUAUAAUGCAUGGCGAAUUCAACGUGACGCGUCAAGAAGAAGAAGCUGGA